ACUCACAGGUCCCUUUUUAUUUGCUUUCUGCCAAACAGUCUAUUGUUCCAUCAGAGCUGUGUAGUUCGAAAUUUCUUUUUAGCCUUAACUGUUUUUUUUCUACUCCUGCUCGUUUCAGCCUGAUGUUUUUUUCUUGUUGACACUCUGUGCCUCCCUGCUGACUUCACCCUCUCCAGAGACAUAUUUUCUGGAUUACAGUAGCUGUUCUUGGUCAUGUAUAAUUUUGUGCAAAACAAACUGCGUGAGUGGAAUCUAAGUCAAUGGGUGGACAAAUUUAAAGAUGAAGAAAUUACCAAGGAAAGCCUGUUUUUUCUUGACAAUCAAGACAUAGCUGAGUUGUUCCCAAGAAUUCGUGAGCGGUUAAUAUUUAAGAUGAGACUUCACCAGUUAAAGAAAGAACAAAGCACGAAUCAGGAAACAGCUGAUUUUUCUGCUCAAGUUUUGCCAUCCACAAGUUCAAAAGGGAAGAGAAAGUUGGAUCAUCAGGAUGAAUCCCAGAAUUUGCAGCCAUCAACUAAAAGACAUUGUGACACAGAAGAAAGAAUCCUGUAUAAGGUGAAAGAGAUAAUGAGAAAUGUCAAGGAUCAAAUAAAUGAUAUGAAUGACAACAAAGAGCUGCGUGCUCUCCUAAAAAAUAAAAUCAGUAAUUUGGAGACUAACAAGACGGAACUCAUUGGUGUCUUUGGAAAAACUGGGGCUGGAAAGAGCUCUUUAAUCAAUGCCAUCAUCAAUGAGAAAAAUCUUUUACCUUUUGGAAGUGUCAGUGCAUGCACCUCAGUCAUGAUAAAAGUGGAAGCUAACACGCACAGCUCAAAGUAUGAGGCAGAGAUUGAGUUCAUUACAAAAGAGGAGUGGCAUAAAGAGUUAUUGUCAUGGCACACUCUCAAGAAAGGUACUGAUGAUUAUCGUGACAUGGCUAGAAAGCUGUCAGCCCUGUAUGGAAAAGAAUGGGAAAACCAAUCCACUGAAUUCCUCAUGAAAGAUGAGCAUUUCCAAAAUAUUCCAAAGCUUUCUGAGAAGUCCGAGAAGAAAUCUUUGGAAUGUAACACAGCUCAAGAGCUAUCUGAGGAACUUUUUAAAUACACAAAGGAUGGCUCAAAGCACGAAGAUGGAAAUACAGCACAGCAGUGGUACUGGCCAUUAGUGAAGUGUGUUACAGUCAGGGUGCCAAAAAAUGAUCUUCUCCAGCACGUCACAGUUGUGGACCUUCCCGGGAAUGGUGAUCGUAACAAGAGCAGGAGUGAAAUGUGGAAACAAGUGGUUGGAGAUUGCUCUACUGUGUGGAUUGUGGCAGAAAUCAAACGAGCAGCAUCAGAAACAGAAGCCUGGGAGAUCCUGGAAAAUGCCUGUGGCCACAUUGGAAAUGGUGGUCAGUGCCAGCGAAUUCACUUUAUCUGCACCCAUUCUGAUCCUUCAGAUGAUCGAGUCAAAAUAAACAUGGAUGCCAAGAAAAAAGUGAAGAACGAAUUCAAGGAACUGAACAUGAUAAAUAAACACUUCACUGAGGACUGUUUCAAAGUGUUCACAGUGAGUGCUAAAGAGUUCCUAGAAGACAGUUGUGUAAAAGAAGAUGACAAUGAAAUACCCAAACUUCAAGACUUCUUGAAAAACCUCAAUAAGUGCCACUCCGAAACAUUUAUUUAUGUGUCUGGAGCUUAUGGGAUUCUGUCUUUGAUUGAAGGAGCCAGGCACAGAAAACAGGGUGUUGAAAAAGCAGAUGAUGUGAGUAAAGCGCUUGAGGAAAACAUGAUUGAACAACUUGUUCAAGUGGAAACAGCAGUUGAAGAAGCUAUCAAGGCUUUUGACCAAUGUCUCAGAGAGGGGGUCAAUAAUUCUAAAACCUCUGAAGAAAAACUGAAGUCAUUUCUAGACCGUAAAGAUCCAAGUUUUUUCAAGACACUACAGGCUGUAGUUAAGAAAGAUGGCACCCACAUAACAACAAAAGGGGAACAAAUAAACCUCAACGUGAUGUUGGCUUCUUGCCUGACUGACAGCAUUGAUGAAAAAUUCAGGAAAACCUUCCCAAAUGAUGUUAAAGGUGGAUUAUUCAAUGUCAUCAGUAAGUUUUCACUUGGCACCGAAUCACUGAUUCAGAAGUACAAAGAUGUCGAACUGCAACUGAUAUUUCUCCAGACUGAGGAGGAUGAAAAUAAGACACAAGUCAACAAAAUAAUCCUGGACCAGAAGAAAAUUAUCUACAAAAGUCUAAGAGAGACAAUUGAAGAAAACAUGAAAAAGUGCUAUGAAGAUGCAAAAAAAAUUGAAGGCGACGGUGCUCAGAAUAAUAUGAGAACAACUAUUGAGAGAUAUGUGUACUCAAAUAAACAAAUGUAUGAGGAAGCAAAAAAGAACAUGUUGAAGAAGAUGAAUUACAUGAAGACAACCAUCAAGAAGGAACUUGAGGAAACCAUGAAGGAAUCCAUUAAACACUCACUCAGGACUUAUGCCUGCUUACUCCCAGUUUUUUCAGAACAGCUUAGGGAGGUGAAGAAACAUUAUGAUGAACUUAAAAGCAGACAGGAUGAAGAAAUGUCACAUCAGCAACUGGAUUUGUUUUGGUGAGAGAACCAACAAAGGCCUGAUCACCCACUGAACAUCUGAGGUCUCUGGAUACUAUCAGUCAUUGUUGUCAAGUCAAGUUUUAUUUUAUUCUUUAUUUCCUUUUAAUGCAGUGUGGAUGUGUACUUUCCACUUUUAAUUAAUGUCAUAUAAUGAUAUUUUUUUACACCACAUGUUAAAUCAGAGAUAGACAAGAAAUAUAUUAUUAUUAUUAAGUUCUACUUGAUUCAAACCAGAGAUGAUGAUGAUAUAUACAAAAAAUUUUGAUUUUUAGGAUUUUUAUUGAUUUUAUGCUCACUAUAGCAUAUUUUAAUGUUUUAAAUUGUAUGUGUUUAAUUAUGGUUUAUUGGCAUUAGAGUUUGGACUUUAUAGAAAUGUUUGUCAGUUUUAUCCUUACACCUACAAGCUUACUAUUUUUAUUAUUUACUAUUUUUACAUCAAUUUCUGACAAAAAUAUUUCUUUACUGGUAUAUAAUGUUUUUUGGGGGGGAUGUCACAUGAUU